UCUGGGGUGACCCUGCUGGAGCAGGGAGGUUGGACCAGCUGACCACUGUGGUCCAUUGCAGCCUGAUCCAUCCUGUGAUUCUGUGAGGGCUGUCACUAAAAUUUCUUCUUGGCCUCCUGAAAGUUCCUGCUGCACUGGGCCUUCCUGGAUCUGGAGUAUAAAUUUAGUCACUGUUCCUCCUGAGGACCAGCAGCUGCUGUGGCACGAGGCACCUGCAUACAGACUGGGAGAUUUUCUGAUGCGCUCCUGCUGUUCCCAUGAUGUCACCUGAACAUCAUGGAAGAAAAGACGAAAACUUUGUUUCCAGUCAGGAGUGAAGGUGGCUGGAAAAAAAUGGUUAUCUGCAGCUGAGAAGUAGGAGUACUCAAACAGCUGGAACCAAACCUGGUAUUACAGGAGACUGCCAGAGUUGUGCCAGGGAAGCUUUUGUGUGGGGCUAAGCCCCGGCAGCCAAGCACUGGCUUUGAGAACCAGUUCUUGUCCUCCUACGGCUGUUCCUAUUGCUGCCUCUUCAGUUCUGCCAGUGCAAUAGUUCCUGAUGUGGUGUACUAUAAAAAUUGACCAGCAUUUGAAAAGAAAUAGUGUUGGGGCUUUAUUUAUUUUUUGUUCUGCUACGUCAUACAGGCCUGCAAAUAUUUGUACUGGCACAGCUGAAGGAGGAGUGACCUGCAGUGUGCAGGGACAUCGGAAUCAUGGAGGGGCUCUUGCAUUACAUAAAUCCAGCACAUGCCAUUUCCCUCCUGAGCACCCUGAACGAGGAGCGUCUCAAGGGACAGCUGUGUGACGUUGUGCUGAUCGUAGGAGACCAGAAAUUCCGAGCUCAUAAGAAUGUUCUGGCUGCCAGCAGUGAAUACUUCCAAACUCUGUUCACAAAUAAGGAGAAUGAGUCUCAGUCAGUGUUUCAGCUCGACUUUUGUGAGCCAGAUGCUUUUGAUAAUGUGUUGAACUACAUUUAUUCUUCAUCCUUGUUCAUUGAGAAAGGCAGCCUUGCAGCUGUGCAAGAACUGGGCUACAGUCUUGGAAUAUCUUUUCUUACAAACAUUGUUUCCAAGAGUCCUCAAGCUCCUUUUCCUUCUUGUCCUAUAAAAAAAAUACUCUAUCAAGAUGAAGAUGAAAGUAGUUCUCAGAAGAGAAGUGUCAUCGUCUGUCAGAACAGAAUUGAAGCACAAGCAAAAAGCGUAAAUCAAACACAACAUGACUUAAGCCAUACUCCUAAACCUUCACCCUCCGUGGCUGUCAAGGCCAGUGGCAGACCACAGGUAACAAAAGCAACUGAAACCCUUCACAACUUAUCACUGACUGAAAGGAGGUGGCUGAAAGAAGGCCCUGUGAGCUAUUCAAAGGUUCAUGAAACUUCUGUAACUGUGGAGGAUCAGAGCAGAGGUGCUUUAGUGAAAAGGAACAUGGUGCUGCCACAGAUGUCUUUAGCAGAGAAAGAAAUGGCAGGCGGUGAGCCAGGAAGUAGCGCUCAGCUUCUGCGAGGAAAAGUUGCAGAGAUGUCUUUGAAAAGACCACGUCCACCAGUCUUGUCUCUGCGUGGGGCAGCGGAAUCCACAUUUUUGUUGCGAGAGGCAGGAAAAGGAAAUGGUCAAGGGGAAGACAGGAAUUUACUCUACUACUCCAAGUUAGGGCUAGUAAUCCCAUCUAGUGGGUCUGGCCCAGAAAACCAAAGUAUUGACAGAAGUGGGCCCCUUGUAAAAAGUCUCCUUCGAAGGUCACUGUCCAUGGACAGCCAGGUUCCUAUUUACUCACCUUCUGUUGACCUAAAGCCUGCACAGGUAUCCUCGUGCUCCUCACCGGGAACUAACGAUUCCCAGAAGACAUUUAAUGUUGCAUCCCAAAAGUCAUCCUCAAAAGAGUCAUCAGAGAAGUCAGCCUUGGAUGAGAAGCCACAGGUAAUACACCCACAUCGCCUUAGGUCUUUCAGUGCCUCUCAGUCAACGGAUCGGGAGGUGGCUUCCCCUCUCUCGGAGGUGCGGAUCAAAACCGAGCCCAGCAGUCCCCUCUCAGAUCCUGCUGAAAUCAUACGAGUUACAGUGGGUGAUGCUUCAGCGUCAGCAAACAAAGACUUUGCUUUUAAAACUGAGGAUGACCGUAAGGAACCCAGCAGCCUUCCAGUGAAAAGGAGGUUCCAGGACGAUAGGAGGCUGCCGUUCAAGAAGCUGAAGGCAGAUGAGCAGGGUUCUCCUGGCUCAGAAGAGAACUUUGAGGAAGGCUCGAGCCCCACGCACCUUGAUGCUGAUUUCCCUGAUUCUGAUGUCAGUAAAGAUGAGUACAGCGAGAUGGAAGAAGCAAGACCAAAUAAAAAGUUUAAAUGUAAACACUGCCUUAAAAUUUUCAGAUCAACAGCAGGUCUUCAUCGCCAUGUUAACAUGUAUCACAAUCCAGAGAAGCCCUAUGCUUGUGACAUAUGCCACAAGAGAUUCCACACCAAUUUCAAAGUGUGGACGCACUGCCAGACACAACAUGGAAUCGUGAAGAAUCCCUCACCAGCUUCCAGUUCACACGCCCUUUUGGAUGAAAAAUUCCAAAGAAAACUGAUCGAUAUAGUGAGGGAGAGAGAAAUCAAAAAAGCUCUGAUUGUGAAGCUAAGACGGGGCAAGCAGAGCUUUCAGGGUCAGUCUGCUUCACAAGCACAACAAGUCAUCAAAAGGAAUUUAAGGUCAAGAACCAAAGGAGCCUAUAUUUGUACCUACUGUGGGAAAGCUUAUCGUUUCCUCUCCCAGUUCAAACAGCACAUAAAAAUGCACCCUGGGGAGAAACCCAUUGGAGGGAACAAGGCUCCUAAGCAGAAAGAUCACAUUCAUAUUGAAAACCCAGUGGAAAACAAGGAGGUUUAUCAGUGCCGUCUCUGCAAUGCCAAGCUCUCCUCACUUAUCGAACAGGGAAACCACGAGCGACUCUGUAGAAACGCCACUGUCUGUCCUUACUGCAGCCUUAGGUUUUCUUCUCCAGAGCUGAAGCACGAGCAUGAAAGCAAGUGUGAGUACAAGAAGCUGACUUGCCUUGAGUGUAUGCGCACCUUCAAAUCAUCCUUCAGUAUCUGGCGUCAUCAGGUUGAAGUUCACAAUCAGAACACAAUGGCUCCAUCAGAGAACUUUUCUUUGCCUCUCAUGGAUCACAAUGGAGAAAUCACCAGUUCGUCACGGCUGCCUCCGCAGUCGGAAUCCAAUAAAAUGAACAAUUUCGUUGCUGCAAAGGAGGACGGUGUGUUCAGUGAUUCGUCAGAACAAAUCAAUUUUGAUUCUGAAGACUCUUCAUGCCUGCCUGAAGACUUAAGUGUUUCCAAGCAGUUUAAAAUCCAGAUCAAAGAAGAGCCGGCAGAUGACGUAGAGGACGAGGUCACCGAAACGAGCAGGGAACCUAAGGACGUAGUCUCCAAGAAAGAUCCCAGUUUGUGGCCAUGUGAAAAGUGUGGGAAGAUUUUCACCUUACGCAAACAGCUGGAGCGUCACCAGGAGCUCCUGUGCUCCGUGAAGCCGUUUAUUUGCCACGUGUGCAACAAGGCCUUCCGAACGAAUUUCCGGCUCUGGAGCCACUUCCAGUCUCACAUGUCCCAGGCUGCGGAGGAGUCCACAAACAAGGAGCCUGAGAUAUGUCCACCAGCUAAUUCCCCAUCACCCCCACCCUUACCCCCACCCCCACCACUCCCCAAAAUCCAGCCUUUGGAGCCCGACAGCCCCACGGGCUUGCCGGAAAGCUCCGGUACUACUGAGAAGCUGUUCGUGCCGCAGGAGUCGGACACGCUCUUCUACCACGCCCCGCCGCUCUCGGCAAUCACCUUCAAGAGACAGUACAUGUGCAAACUCUGCCACAGGACUUUCAAGACGGCUUUCAGCCUCUGGAGCCACGAACAGACACACAAUUAGCUUUAACAGAACCCUUGCAGAGCUGGUUUGGGGGGGCUGUGUUCAGGAUCUCAGAGGCCUGCCACAUAGACUACACAUUUAAGAGGAUCAAAACGAUGAUGAUGGAAAAUCUGGAAUUUGUGAUGCUGCUUGGAUUUGGAGAUUAGGGAAAAGUAUAACUUGGUUAGUAGGUAGAAAGCAGAGUAAUUUAAAAUACUGUGGUCUGGGAUCUAAUAGUAACAGAAUAAAUUUUAUUUUAUUUCAUUUGACACUGAAAUACAAUUGCAUCUGGAUUGUAUGCAUGGAUCUUCAACCCGUGAUGUUGGUGUGUGCGUGUGUAUUAUAUAUAAAGUUAUAUAUUAAACGAAAGAGAAACAACAAUUUGGAUUCUAACUGUGAGCUUAUAGUAGUGAAAUACUGUAACCAACGUCAUAAUUUGUUUUUCAAAAAGAAACCAACACACACAAGCUCCAUGUAAGUGGUUGCCAUGCACUGGCAGUUGGGAAAGAAGUGGUUGGAGUGUCUUGCUGUAUUGACCUAGGUCUUAGAAACCUUUAGCAAUAACAAAUAAACCUCAAGUUUGAGUAAUCCUGAUGUUAUUGGAUAUGAAUGUUUGCUAUUUUAAGGGAACAUAGAAUUGUUUUGUUGUUGUAUGGAACUUGUGCAAAUUAAAAUAGAAUCUAAAGUCAGCAAUAUUAUUACUAAGAUUUUAUAUAAGAAGUAGCAGCAAGCCUGCUUUCAGCCAUUUAAUUAUAACUUUCUAAGGAAAAUUGAGAGAGGGGGUACUUUGCUUUAUAUAAUGUCCCAAAGACUAAUUUCCUAUGGAUACUUGGGUAGCUGAAGUCAUUGUGUAACAGCCAUCAUAAUGCAAAUGGUACUGUUUAUAACAUGAACUGAGGUUGAAUGGAUGUCAGACAAGUUUCAUAGUUUUGUUUCCACUAUUUGUACAACUGUUUGUAAUUUUAACUACAAAGGAAUGUAUAAUUAUUAAAUCAACAAGAGAGAGCUCAUUAAGGGACAGAAGAUGAGUUGUGUUUCUAAACACAAGUAAUAAGCUCGGCCAUGAGUACAAAGAUAUGUUUUAGCAAAACAUAAAAAUGUAAAUAUUUAUAUAGACACCUGUAUAAAUGAAGAUGUAUUUGAAAUUUGUAUUAAGCGUACAUAUCCAGCUCAAAGCAGAGGAGAAAAUCACACUACAAUCACUGUAUUUUAUGGAUGCAAUGCAUAUAGAGUAAUUCUUUCUGCCGCUUUCUAGCAUAUGUGACUGUGUUGCAAUUUUCCAAUUUGUUGAAAAUUGUGGUAAUAAUGGGCUGCAGAUAUUCUCUGUGGUUCCAUUAUUUUACCUCAAAUGCCAACUGGAGCAUUUAGUGUAAGUAGGAUCACACAUAUUUACCAGGAGCUAUAGUAAGGGUCCAAAUUUUUCUGUAAGUCAAGGAAAUAUUUACCCAGAAGUAGGAGGUGAACCAACAAUGAGAAAUUCUUCUGCUAGAAUUUAAACUUAGUGGAGGGGUGGUGGGUUAGAAUGAUUUGCAAAUAAUGCAAACAGUGUUUAUGAUCCUGACCAACUUUCCCCUGCAGGGUAGGGAGAAGGGGGAUGUAAUUCCACACUGCUGAGUCAGAGCCCAAUCUGUGUCCACUGAAACCAGCACAAGUUUGGUCACCAAUUUCAGGGGGAGCAGGAGUGAGGCUUGGAUUCCCUGUGUAACCAUGUGUGUAACUGUUUUUUCAGUAUCCCAAGUUCAAAAAGUAGAAUUGCAAGCUGAUGCUGAGAUUCAGCAAAAUCAAGCACAAGUGUAACUCCUAAGAAUCUGAGGAUGGGCACCCUUAGGCACACACCAGAUUUUUCUCAGUGAAAGCCAAGUGUGCCACCAUUUAUUUUUUUUUUUCCCCCAACAGAUAUUAUUUUUCUUGUAAGGGAAAUUUGAAUGAAUUAACUCAGGAUGGACCCCUGAUUCUUUUCAGCUGCCAAAACAAUUGCAAUGUUAGUUUCAAGCCUCUUCCGCUUCAUUUUUACUACGAUCUAAAAUUGCUGCUGGACACCUCUGAAAGUAACAUGUUGUUCUUUUUUUGUCCUCUUUCAGGCAAACUGUGGCUGAGUAUGAUUAGGCUAAUUUGCUUGAGUAUCAGUUAAACUCUUUCAGUGGCAUUGCAUUUAAAACAAGGUACUUGCUUAACAGUGACAUUUCCAGUUGCUGACUUUUUUAUUCCACCUAAUAAGACUAUGAAUUCCUUUCUUACCAGAAACAAUUUCAAAAUAAAAUGGUUAUUGCACUUAAACCUGGUUUUAAAAAUCAGAAAACAUAAAGCCUUGCUAAGUACCCUUUAUAUGUAUUUAAGAAAUCUGUGUGUAUAAAAUAUGAACGUGUUUUUGUAGAAUGGUUCCUAAGUUUUCCCCAGUGAUUCCUCUGCACAACAGCCUAAAAGUUGAGCUAAAGCCUUUUAAAAUUCAGUGUGCUUUCUGAAGGAAGGUGGCAGCCAGCUCAGCUGGGUCACUUCUAGCUGGGAUUCUGCUCUGUGCUACACACUUUAAAUCAAAACCUUGUGCAACAUCUUUGAAGAAACCCUGGCCUUUUUCCUAGUGUACUAGGUAUUAUAAAGAAUCCAUAAAAUAUUUUUGGCCUAAACAGCCUCCUAAGUUUUUCUUCAGUUGCUUUGGUUUUGGUGGGGGUUUUAAAGUUUUAUUUUCCACUUUGAGUGUGUUCUGUGUGAUUUUUAUUUCUUUUUAAAUUUUUUUUUUUUUACAUUCAGUUCCUGUUGUUUAGUAAAGGAAUUCAGGAUCUCUAAAAUUUAAAUAUGAGAUGUUUAUAUAGCAGUUCUGGUUUUCUAUUAGCUUUUAUACAGUAUCUUAACAGGCCCUUGAUAGAAGUGUUUAUUUUGGAGGAUACGGAAUAAAUAUGCUUCCACUUAUAUAACUUUAAUAUAUGUCUUAAAAUUUAAAUUAUGGGAAAAAAAUGUUAGUUGCUUGUUUAUAAAUAAAAGUCUUUUGAAGAGUGUCUAGUUUGGCCACAGCCAAAAUAAAAGGCAAAUUUAUUGAUACAAAAGCCUGUCUUCAUCAUAUUUUGUUUAACUUUAUAGCUGUGUAUUGAAGUGACACAAAGUUAGAGGUCUUGUUAAAUAUAAAAAAGUGUUCUACAUUUUUUUCUAAAAUUUGUGACAGGAAUGUGCAGAUGUUUUAAUAUAUAGACUAGAAUCUAUAAUUCUGUCCUUUUUUUGCUAUUUUUAUAACCUAUCAGAUAAAUCUCAGAGAACUAUCCUGCUUCAGUGGGAGUGGAAACUAGUGUUGCAUUUCAGGGGAGCAGUGUUGAGCCAUGAAAUGUAUUUUGGUUUGGGACUUUUUUUUCCUUUCAGGCACUGUGUUGGCAAAGCCUCUAAGCCUAUCUUAAGUCCAUUAAGAUCAGUCUUAACCUUUUUAAAAUUGUUCUGUGCAAGUUCAUUGCUGAACUGGGACCAUGACCAACCUUGAAAGUGAGCAGUGGCAGCAAAACACAGGAACCAGUAACGAAUCUGUGUCUAGUUUUGGGUGAUUUGGUAAGGGAGAACAAAACACCCCUUGGCAGGUGAUGGAGGAGAUAACCUGGUGAAGUGGGUGACCCCAGAGUUUGGGCUGUUUCAAAACUGAAGUGUGUUAUCUGUGACCCCAAACAGCUGUAAGAGGCUUGGCCUGUGUUUCCUGUUCAGGCAGGAGCAUCCAGGAGGGUUUUUUUGCCUGAUGUUGUUUGUUUUCCCCCAAGCAGGACAUGUGGGUUUGCUCCAAAGCUCUGCGUGCUCUCUGUUGCUGUUCCAAACUUGCAGUGUUAAAAUGAGCUCCUCCCAUGGGAUAAGGACAGACUAUGCCUAAUUUCUUGGCUCUAACAGUGAGGGUGCAAAUAUCUGGCAUGAGCCUGUAAUCUGGCAUGUGCCUAUACUGUUCAAUAAAAUUGUUUACAUUUUCCUACCAGAAGAUUUAGAUGAAAAUCAAAACAAGCUUAGGGGGUUGUUUUUUGUUGGAGGGGGUUUUUUUGUUUGUUUGUUUGUUUUGGUUGGGGUUUUUUUAGUGUUGCUGUUAUUGAAUCAGUGUUAAAAUAUUUUUUUUCUGUUGUUGCUGAACACAGCCUGAUAGUAUUUUUAAUGUUAUUGAUUCUUGUUUAUUUAAAAUGACUUGUGAAAAACUGUACUGUAACUGCUCUAUGGAAAGGGACACUCUCAAGAGAAAGGCUGGAUACAGAAAAUGAAUAUACCUAUAUUAGAAAUACUUUAUAUUAAUAAAUAAUUUUGAAGAGUUUAGGAACAAAUUGGGUCAUAACACUUGAGCUGCUUGGGCAUGAAAAUCCUGUUAUGGACAGCCUCAGUUGUUGUGAGGAUGUCUGAAAAAUGUAACUGAAUUCUGUGGGUUGAGCUGAUUUUUCAUGUUGCUUUUCCUCUCACUAUUUCCAGAAUAAAGGACUCGAUCCUCUUCUUCCUUUCCCAGUCUCUCAGUGGUACACAUUACCUUUUAAAGACACAAGCUUCCCACUAUUGCAGCAGCAGCUUUAAUUCAGAUGUGUACAGAAAAGCAGAACAAACCCUCUUCUGCAGCGUUAAGUGCAAAAUACACAUAAAGUACAUCUUUCAAGGCCCAUUCUUGACAGUGUCCCUUUUUAAAAAGCAGGAAAAUGGGAUCACUUUAAGUGCUUGGGUACAGGGGAAUAGUUUCCUACUAGAAAUUGGAAUUAUCCAAUAUAUUUUCUAGAGAGUUUUCCAAUUAGUUACACAAAAUCACUUGUCAUUUUAAAGGAUUAUAGAGGUAAGACAAGCAAUUCUGGGUUUAUAAUCCUGUAUACCUUAUACAUUCUAUAUCUGUUCAAUACACCAGGAUGAGUUUUUACUUUUUUUAGGACUGAGACUUAAUAGCUUAUUGCAACUUUUUCUUUAAUGUAAUGUAAAUCCAUUGCUGCUUUGUACAACUUUUUCUACUGUGUGUUUUCUUUACUUAGAUCUUGACUAAGAAAUGUUGGCGUCCAAUAAACUUACACUUUGUUUCUUUUGA